AUGGCCGGCCUCAUGCUCAUCAACGGCCUCAUGCUCACCGUCCUCGCUCUCUCCGGCAUCUUCCACUCCGCGCUCCGCCGCCUCGGCCAGCCAAGCAUCAUCUCCCACAUCCUCGCCGGCGUCGUUGUUGGGCCGACGUUUCUAGGCCGCGCGGUGGACCUCCGGCGGCUGGGCAUGGAGGACGCCGGCCGCGCGCUGGGCGACACCAUCUACUACCUCCGCAUCGUCUUCAUGUUCUUCGUCGGCCUCGAGAUGGACCUCCGCUACCUCCGCCACAACCUCCGCCGCUCCCUCGUGCUGGCCUGCGGCGGCUCCGCCGUCUGCCUCCUGCUGGCCUUCCUCGCCGGGCCCUUCUUCUUCGGCCUCCUCCACCCGGGCGAGGGCCCCUUCCACCCGGCCAAGCUGUACGCCUCCACCACGCUCUUGAUGCUCGUCCUCUCCAGCACCGCCUCCCCCGUCCUCAUCCGCAUCGUCACCGAGCUCAAGCUCACCGCCUCCGAGACCGGCCAGCUCGCCAUCGGUGCCGCCUUCGCCACCGACAUCGCCUCGCUCACCGCCAUCAGCAUGAUGGUCGUCAACCCGACCUCCUUCGACAGAGACACGGGCAAGCCCCUGCCGCCGCGCAUCCCCAACGCGGACGCGCCGUCCGUGCAGCUCGUCGUCUUCGUCUGGCUCGCGCUCGUCGUAUGGGCCGCCGCCGCGCUCGCCGUCCGCGCCGCCAGGCUGCUCAACCGGGUCAGGCGGGGGCACCGCUACAUCAGCAUGUACGAGCUGUGCGGCAUGCUGCUGCUCAUCGUGAGCCUGUCGCUGUCGGCGCAGCACCUGGGCUACAGCGCGUCCAUGGCCGCCUACAUCAUCGGGCUCGCCAUGCCGCGGGACGGGCCCAUGGCGCGCACGCUCGUGGACCGCCUCACCUACCCGGUCCACCAGCUCAUCAUGCCGCUCUGCUUCGGCGCCAUCGGGGCCAGGCUCGACUUCGCCCAGAUCGGCCGCUUCACCGCCUCCCAGCUCACCGCCGCCGUCACCUUCGCCACGCUGCUCAGCGUCGCCGGCAAGGUCGCCGGCACCGUGCUGGCCUGCCGGAUGCUGGGCUCCAUCUCGGCGCAGGAGGCGCUCGUGCUGGGCUUCCUGCUCAACGUGAAGGGCUACUCGGACAUCCUGGCCAUCAACUUCGGCGACAAGAGCGGCGUGUGGGGCGAGACGGCGCAGGUGGUGCUGCUCCUCUCCUCCAUCGUCAACACCUUCAUGGCCGGCCCGGCCUCCGCCGCCAUCGUCCGCCAGCAGCGCCGCGCCUUCACCUACCGCUCGCACUGCCUCCAGGACCUCAGGCUCGACCACGAGCUCAGAGUGCUGGUCUGCGUGCACGGCGCCGCCGGCGUCCACGCCAUGCUCACCCUGGCCGAGCUCUCCAAGGGCAGCGCUCCCAUCGCCGUCUACCUCCUCCACCUCAUCGAGCUCAAGACCAAGAGCAAGUACGCCAUCACGCACCUGUACAGAGACCCCCUGGAUGCCGUGGACAAGAAGAAGGACGACGACGACCAGUGGGGCUACUCCAGGGAGAUGGACCAGGUCACGGCCGCCGUCCACGCAUUCACCAACGACACCGCCGUGCCCGUGCGGCAGAUGACGGCCAUCUCCAACCUCUUGUCCAUGGACGCCGACGUGCGCAACGCCAUGGAGGACGCGCGCGCCUCGCUCGUCAUCGUCCCUUUCCACAAGGACCGCCGCUACGACGGACGCAUGGUGUGCCGAAGGGAAGGCCGCCGCCAGCUCAACCAGAGGAUCAUGCACAAGGCGCCCUGCACCGUGGGCUUGCUCGUCGACCGGAACCUCCCCAGCAUCUCCGGUGACGAAGCCAACGACGAAGACGAGUCGCCGCUGCUGGAACAGUGCGCGUUCACGGUGGCGGCGGUGUUCCUGGGCGGGCCGGACGACAGGGAGGCGGUGGCGUACGCGACGCGGCUGGCGGCGCAUCCGGCGGUGAGCGUCACGGUGUCCAGGUUCCUCCUCCCGGCAGCGGAGCCGGAACCGGACAGGCGGUCGUCCUUCGUGUCGGCGGUGGAGGAGGUGGUCCUGGAGGAGGUGGAAGAAGAAGAGGAGGAGUCGGUGGCGGCGGACAGGGAGUUCAUGGAGGAGAUGUACACGCGUUUCGUGGAGCCGGGGCACGUGGCCUACACGGAGCGCUACGUCAGCAACGGGGUGGAGACGCUCAACUCGCUCAGCUCCAUGGUCGGGGCCUACUCGCUCUUCGUCGUCGGCAAGGGCAGCGGCGGCGGGGCGGCGUGGACGGCCAUGACGGCAGGCAUGGGAGGGCUGGAGGAGGAAGAAGAGUGCUCGGAGCUGGGACCAAUCGGGGAGCUCCUGGCGUCGGACGACCUGCUGGCCGCCGGCUGCAGCUGCUCAGUGUUGGUGCUCCAGCAGCACACUCUGCACCGCAAGAUGAAGACAUGGCGGCGGCGCCAUCCCCAUUCCAUCCUCAGUUGAGA